UUGCGCUUGCGUGCGCCCUCCUUUCCUUCCGAUACACGCUUUCCGUGCACACCGGGCGAGACCGCGUCAGACUUUUCCCCGGUCGCGAGCCAAACGCGUAUCAUUCGUGUAUUUCGGCUUUUCCUUUUGCUCUCUGUCUGUCUGUCUGUCUCUGUCUUUCAAAAGUUCUCCUGGAGCAACGAUCGUCCGAUAACACUGAACCCACGGAUCGUCGGUAGAUACGGCCGGUUGUGAACGAUAGCGACGUCGAGGACACUGUGAAAGGAACCGUGUCAGUCGGUGCACCCUGUGCGUCACGUGACGACCGAGACCGCGACCUAUCGCAAGCAGAGGAGCAGAGACUUGGAGGCUGUACGCGGCACGACGCCGCUCUCCACGCCGCUUGCAGGGGUUUUCGUGGGUGGAGCGUGUGAUCGAUAGCGCACCAAACGGACUAAGGGGGUCGUCGCCAAGAGAUCUGAUGUGACGUCGUUGAACAAUCUGGUGGGCCGUGUAAAGGGGCAAAAUGAGGGGUGGCAGUGGUGACGUCCCUCCCAUGGUCACCGUCCCCGCCUCCGCGUCUCUUAACAUCAUGAUGGGCGACGACAGCCUGAGCGACGAUGUGUUCGAGGUGGAAGACGAUGUCUCCAUGGCGGCUUCCAGCGGUUUAACGCCGAGGUCUAUGGGCCAACCUUUGACCAUGACCCCUUCGCCGACCGGAUAUCGAGACUACAAGCCCCCAGCGGAAGUAUUAGACGAUAACUAUGGCUACUCGUCCAGAGACUACGAUAGUAUGAGGAGUAGCUUGAAAAGGACCAAAGAAGAAGAUUCCGGAAUGGCGCACAAGACAAUCCUCCUGGGCGAUAGCGGUGUUGGUAAGACAUCUCUGCUGGUCCAGUUCGAUACCGGAAGAUUUCAACCGGGAAACUUCGCAGCAACUGUCGGCAUCGGCUUCACGAAUAAAGUAGUCGUCGUCGACGAUACAUCUAUCAAGCUUCAAAUAUGGGACACGGCCGGGCAAGAAAGAUUUCGAAGCGUGACGCAUGCUUAUUACAGAGACGCUCAUGCUCUUUUAUUGCUGUACGAUGUGACGAACAAGACGAGUUACGACAACAUCAGAGCCUGGCUGAGCGAAAUCCGGGAACACGCGAACGAGGACGUGGUCAUUAUGCUGUUGGGCAACAAGUCUGACUGUGGAACGGAACGAGUAGUGAAGAGGGAAGACGGAGAACGAUUGGCGCAAGAGUACAAAGUUCCCUUUAUGGAAACCUCAGCUAAAACUGGCCUGAACGUCGAAUUAGCCUUCUUGGCCGUUGCUAGAGACUUGAAGGCGAGGAAAAGCAACGACCCGGACGACACGAAAUUCAAUGUACAAGACUACGUCCGUCAGCAGUCGCAACGAAAUUCCUGCUUCAAUUCCAAUUGCCUGACUACUUGAAUUGCGCAGUAAUCCUGCGCACACACUUCCCUGCGAUAGAUUCAGACGAAUGGUGGAACAUGGACCGGAACUGGUUGGCCAUAAAAAUGGCGCGAAACUAUCGUGGGCGUUCAACAAUUCGUCCCUUAUGAUUCAUAACAGAUAAUCGUUGAAAUGUUGCCUCGUUGCAGAUGUCAUUCGUAAAACGAGACGAAUUUUCGUAACAUUGCACAAUUCGUUCACGAGAGCUUGUUGUUCGAACGAAUUGACUCUCAAACGAGAUCGAACAAAUUUGAAAGAAAUCGAAAGAAAACGCACUAAUGAGAUCGAAAAUAUAAUUUUUUAUUUUUACUGAAAAGAGAUUUCAAAAAACGUCGAAACAACGUUUCUGUUCCACCAGAAGAGUACCUUUAUCGAGGCAUAAACGAAAAAAAUGUAGAUUGAUAGAAAGCUGAUAUUUUUCAAAGAGACCGAAUAGGAAACUCUUGUUGACGAUACAUGUAUAGAAAUUUAUUUAUCGAUGGUUAAUCCUAUACUGUACAUUAAUGUGAAUAGCUGAUUUGGGACAAAGGUCCGCGAGAUACAUAGAUUUAGGGAAUCUCUUAAUGGUUCUAAUUUGUGCACUGUAUAUGAUCGUUACGGUAUUAAUAAAAGGAGGGGGGAAGAAAGAGAAAAAUAUAUUUAAAAUAAAAUUGUAUUCAAAACGUGCUAUCGAUAAAUUAACGACAUGUUCACGUGGAAGCUCACCAUGUACCAAGUAGAUUUGCGGUUUUAGAGUGGCCGCCGUGUAGAAGAGCUUUUCGAAAAUAUACCAUAGCUGCCAUAUAUACAACACGUUUUAGAAAAGAACGCUCAAUAAUAUUUUGUUCGAAAGCAUAUUCUCGUAGUUUUCAGGUACGAGUGAUUGAAACUUUUCAAUCGAUGCUACAUGUGUAUGUAGAGACACAUUUAUAAGUCUUUUAAUCUUUAUAAUCAUUUAGAUUGAUGAAACUCUUUAGAAAGUUUUGUAUAAUUGUAUUUUGUUUUCAAACUUUAUCCUGUAUCGAUUCGUUUUGCAAUUAAAUAAAGCUCGUGUGUGUAUAAUCGUGUAGUUUGUGAUAACGGUUGCAUUAGUUACGUAACCAUAUCUGAUUUCUAACCUUUUCUAUGUAAUAGUCCAAUAUACGACAGGAUAUUUUAGAUCAGCCCAAUUUGUAUUGUGAAUUUUUGGAUUUUAUACACUGUAUUACUUUUAUAACCGCAUGAUGAUAAUUUGCUACUGAUACUUCGAAAUUAAAAAAAAGGUUAAAAUAUUUGAUUUCGUUAAUUCGCGGUUACCGAGUGAUUCGUUGCGAAUGAUGAAGGUAAAUGAAACGAAAUGUAACCGUGUACGUUACCUGUAGUAUAUGUACAAUGUAUCUUAUCAGCGUGUACAAACGACAAACAGUUACAUGUCAAGUGUAUAUUAACAAAUAAUAUAUAUAAAAUAAACGACCACUCGACCAACUAUA